AUGCCCCCACCCCGCGAUGGAUCCGAUACUAGGGAUCCUGAUGAUGGUAGCACAGUCGGACAAGGGUCACCUUGCAACCGUCAAAACCAUUCGACGUCCCCUCCUGGCAACCAUCCCGAGCGAUCCGGAACCCCUAUCGUUUGCACGGUCCCCACGUACCCACGGGCCAAGCCCAUCUUACUUGAGACCCAUAUCCUAAAUACAUAUGCCCCCCACAACCGCCGUAGUAAAGCGGAUUCCCACGCAUUACCCCAGAUCACCUUCGUAUCCGGUCAACACCAGAGGCCACUGCUCCCAAUAGAAAAACAAAAAAGCCUAACAUCCCUGAUGAUGACCGAACUGCCGCGCGACCCCCUACCUAAACCGCUCCCCAGCGCCCCUACUGUGCCCCCCCCACCCAAGGACCCAAAGCGGGAUUCCACACCUGGCCGACGCUCCAGCUACACACGCAAGUUCGCCCACCAGGCCCCACCCGGUUCGAGGCCUUGGCACAUGAUAGCAACAACCCCUAGGAGUGUCAUCCGGGGCGGCGCCCCUUCCAAUCCGUGGGAACCCCCUAGGCAACUCCUCUGGCCGCAUGGCCCGACACCACCAACAAAGACACCUACGCUACCCAUCGAGACCCUAUCCUCCUCAGUCGCAGGCCGUCCUCCAGAAACCCCCCAGGCGAAGAUCCUCCCUCUGGUAUCCACCCCACCCCCCCCGAUGCCCCUGCAAGCACCAAACCCGCUUUACUCCAAACCUCCAGCAACCGUCCGAACCGCACCUCCCCCUCCCCCUCCCCUCCACCCGACAGACCACGACCCCCCCGCUGCCCCACCUCCAACUGACCGCCCCCCCCCUACCCGGAUGCCCCCCCCCCCAGACGUCCCACCCACAUACGAGCCAGCACUGCCUCGCAGCAGUCACCGAACCAUCCCUGACCCCCAGCCGCGCCGCGCCCGCCUCUACCCGCAAGAGGUGGACCGCCCCGACACGCCGAGAGAUCCUAAACCAUCGGCCCCCCAAGCCACCCAUAAGGCCCCCCUCGAGGCGCUGCCCCACCCACGCCCGCCCGCCCGGAUCUGGACCCCAGAAGCCGUGACCGGAUCCCCCACAGACACGUGCCUCGGAUCAGUCGCACCGCCCCCACCUCCCCCCCCGGGCCCCCGCCCCCCCCCCCCUGCCCCCCCCCCCCGCCACCCUCUUUUAGCCCUUUUUUUUUCCACCCUCCCCCCUCCUCCCCCCUCCAUCCCCCACGCGCCCCCCACCCACCCCCCCCCCUCCCCGCCCCCACCUGCCCCUGCUCUUCCCCGUGCCCCGACCCCUGUCUCCGACACUCUCUCCUCCCCUCCCUCCUCCCCCACCUCCCCCGUUUCCCCACCCCCCCCCCCACCCAUUCUCGCCCCCCGCCUCGGCGUCUUCGACCAGCCUAUCCAAGCCGAAAAAAAAACAGAAAACUGA